ACACCCUUAUAUAGCGGAACUGUUCCGUGUUGGGACACAACAUUGGGUUAGAUUGGGGUGUCUUACACCUAGGACACGUCUUUUUGAAGAGGAUUCUGACGAAUAUCUGAACGAACAAGAUGCAAGCAAUUAAAUGUGUGGUGGUGGGUGACGGUGCUGUAGGUAAAACCUGCCUUCUCAUCAGUUAUACGACAAAUGCCUUCCCCGGAGAGUAUAUUCCCACAGUUUUUGACAACUAUUCAGCAAAUGUAAUGGUAGACGGGAAGCCAAUUAACUUGGGUCUGUGGGAUACAGCGGGACAAGAGGACUAUGAUCGACUUAGACCACUUUCAUACCCACAAACUGAUGUCUUCCUAAUUUGUUUCUCUCUAAUCAGUCCAGCAUCGUUCGAAAAUGUUCGAGCGAAGUGGUAUCCAGAGGUCAGCCAUCAUUGCCCAAACACGCCCAUCAUACUUGUUGGAACAAAACUAGAUCUCCGAGAAGAUAAGGAAACCUUAGAAAAACUAAAAGAAAAGCGAUUGGCACCGAUCGGUUACCCGCAAGGCUUAUCCAUGCAGAAAGAAAUCAGUGCCACCAAAUACCUUGAGUGUUCUGCCCUGACGCAGAAGGGCCUCAAGAACGUAUUUGAUGAGGCGAUACGAGCAGUCCUUAUUCCUGUGCGACCCAUGAAGAAGAAGAAGAACUGUAGGAUCCUUUGAGAAGUCAUCAGGUCUUCUAGGCAAAAGAUAAUAGAUUUAUAAUAUUUGCUCGUGUAAACUUAAACAUUGUAGCCAGAAUUUUUGGAUAAAACCCGUUCUGAAACCCUAUUGCUUGCCUUCAAUAUCUUGUUGGAUGUGUUAAUUUAUGGUCAGUGGGUCAUUUUAAAGAUGAAGUUGUAUUCGUUGCAUUCUGUUGGCACAAAGGACUUGUCUAGUUACAUUGUUCAUGUGUAGAUGGUGCUUCAUGCAUUAUGAUUAUGAUUAUGACAUUGUUCAUGAGCAAUUGAAAGAUUGUGUUCAUUUUCUGAUGCAUCCUGACCUGCCUCUACACAAGGACUCUGUAACUUGACCUAAGUGAUGGCAGGCAAUGUAUGCUGAUUCUCUUUCGAAUUCUAUCUUUGCUCAAAAGAAUCGAAUGCAAAUUUGGCAAUGUCUAUUUUCAACAUGAUGAGGGUCACUUCAAGAAAACUAGUAAGAGAUUUUUUAAGCUUGACUUAGUUGAUAGUUUUCCACUUUUUCGAUCGUCAUUUUGAGAUCAUCAGGUUGAAAAAGUUGUGGUGUGCACAAACAUAUAAAUGUAACACUUAAGGGUGAAUAAUUGUUUACCCAAUUGAUCUUCACUAUGCCCAUACAUGGCACAUCUGUUCUAAGCAAACAAACAAUCCUCCAUCCUAAUUAUCCAUGCUGCCGAGAGAAAAUUGGGUUUCUUACGAAGUCUUAAUAUUCUUCAGUUAAUUCAAAGGCACAUGGGAUGUAUUUUCAAACAUCUCUAUAAAACCUGUUUAGUGUAAGAGUAAAGGCCAAUGUAUUUUGCCACAGAUCCUAAUUCCUGGGACUUCUACAAGUAAUGAAGCACUGAAAAAUAGUCUUUGUUCACAUAACUAUUUAAACUGUAUAUGUAUGCCAUUGUACAGCACUUUAUUUAGUCACUCUGGCACCAGUGGUUUUGUCAGUUAUGGUGAUGUGAAGGUUUGACUUCUGUAAAUGAAUAGUGGUGCAAAGUACUUGUACAUCAAUACUUGUAAAUUUAUGGUUAAAAACUAGUACGGUAUUCAUGCACGUUAAGUAUUUAAUGAUCAUAUUGAUAUUGGUCUUUAUUUCAUGUAUAAUCUUGUCUCUACUUGAUGAUUUUCCUUUUGGACUUUACUUUUAGCUUUACCGCUACUGACAUUUCAAUAAGUAAAGAAUAUCUGAUACGUAUGCUGAGACUUUUCAUGGCAGUUGAUAGAAUGAAACACAUAGCAACACUUCUUACCUGCUUGCAAGUGACUUGGCCUCCAGUUCACUGCUCAUUUCACUUUUCAGCACCAUGAUAGUCAGUUCAGCACUGGCCAUUUUUGGAUACUUUUGGCCCUUUAAAACAUGUUAUACAUCGAGCAAUGAAAGGCCGAUCUCCAUAUAAGCAUUUAUCACAGAGAAUGGCAAUUUGACACUUGACUUCUACAGAUAGUGGACUUGAGGAAAUAGCUCAUCUGUAUCAUUGAUGGUUUAAACGCAUUCAUGCAUCUUGGACUGCGCAUAAAUCACUGUGAUAAUAGCCUAUGUGGAAACAGACCUUUAUUCUGUCAGUUAGUGUUGUAAUUUUAUGUCAUCUGCUCUUGUCACUUGUGUUAACUUACAGAAAAACUCAAAAUAUUUUGCUAGGAGACGAUGAAAGCAUAACUCUGAUAUAGAAUCCAGUCGGACUGGUAAAUAAAACCAUUUGAUUUUGCUUUGGGGAAACAAUUUCAGCAGCAUGCUACAAUGAAUGUGAGGCCUGCUAUAUUUUGAUAUGUCCUAAUUGACCAUGGGAAAUAUUUUGUGAUGGAACCGUAGUAUUUUCUGGUGUUAGUGAUCAACUGAUCGAAAGAACCAUACUGAAUUUUCAGCUAGGACUUCUUUGUGUACAUGUAUGUAUUUGGUGUAAAAGUGACAAGUCAGAUAUGGCUGAAGGUUUGCUCUGCAGAACUAGAAAAUGGUACUUUUUACCUUUUCGUUAGCCCUGCGGAUGGAAUAGUUUUUAAAAAGGUGACAAUGUUUCGUUGACUAACAUAUUAUUAUAUAGUAUAUUCAUUAAGAUUAUAUCACUGAUAUUCAAGCAAGAGAGCGUCACAUUAGAUGGAGCUUGGUUUGUAAUUGGGUAAUUCUGGGUAACGGAGGAGAGGGGGUCGAUGAAUUAAUUUUGUACAGGGAAUGUUUAAGGCUGUAUUUAUAGUCCUCUCAAUGGAUUUCUUUAGCGCUGAAUGAUUUCGACCUUUGAAUUGUGAGGAUUUCAGGUAUAAAUAGGGCAACUUAACUUGAUGGGAACAUUUAAGAGGGGUUUUGAAAAUGUGCUCCUAGAAUGAAUCAACUGUCUCUGAGUAUAAUAUGUAGUGUCGCCUUCAUUACUUGCACUCAGUAUAGUGUAUCUAUGAUGUAAAUACAGUUUAAUCUAUAAUCACUGGAGAGGCUCAAGCAGGAUACUUGGUCUUAAGGGAGGUGGCAGUGUGUGUUUUUGGAAAUUUCUCUAACUUCUGUAAUAAAGACCUGGACUAGCAAAAUUAGUCAAUAAUUGUUCUUCAAUUAUUUGCAUGAAGACUCUCAGAGCUUUUACUCUAUGUUAAACUUCUGUGAUGUCAUCAUGAAUGCUCUGACCCUGUUGAAGUCAAAGGUGAUACUGCAUCUGCCUCUUUUGUGGUGACGCAAGGCAUUUCACUUCAAUCCUCUUAAAAUUAACUGCCAGAAUUGUGUUACAAUUUGCCAAGUAUUGUGAUGGAUGAGCCUGUAUAUAUUAUAAUGUACGUCAAAUUCAAAGGUGAUACCUUGUAAAUGCUUCUACAAUGGCCAGUUUAAGGUUUCUUCAGAGUGUACUGAUUUGGGAAUAUUUUGUGGACAAUUUGGAGGUACCGUUAUUCAGUUGAUAGACAAUAUUCUCUGUUGCAGUGUUAUUUUUGAGAAAAUACAAAGUAACAUUGGAUAGGAAAAUUUAAAUUAUAAGAGAAGUUUUUCAAAUGAGACCACUUUAUGAUAGCGGUACUCCAUGGAUCCUUCAAAGAUGACGUGAGAAAUAGCUUGUCCAGUUGUUCCUGCAUGAACACAAUGACGGAUUUGUUCAUUGCCAUAUUAUGCCUGUCCCUUCAAACACAAGAUUGGAAACUUAGAUUGCUUACUGUAUAUAGUACGGACCAAGGUGAAUUAAUUUGUGCUAAAAGGAUGGACCAUGUGGUCAAGAUGAGCUAUGGCAUCAAGCAGAAAGUCUCUUUCAAUUCUUGUGUUAGUGUAUGCCGGCAAUAUUUGCAUAGUAUGUAUUAUGCUCUCUCUAAUUGUACAAUGGAAUGGGGAUAUGCGAAUGUCGUGAAACUCCCCGCAUUAUGAUGCGUUGCAUUGGGCCAGAUCCUUUCCAUAAUGAGCGCUAAAUCAAAUUAAGUUUCUUGCAUGAAGUCGAGAGUCCACUCCAUUUUGAAUUUGUUGUUUAAAAUUCUGUUAAUUACAGUACUUUGCUGUUAAGGUUGUCUUACUGUCUUCAUCCAAUUCAGGUGUUGUUCUGCCACUAUGAAAAUUUGUAUUGGAAAUAAUGAGUCCUUAGUUUUUGAGCAGAUAUUUUUAAGAACUGACUGUGGACUUUCUUCGCUGCUCAUUGUGAGAACCCUGGUUCAAGGAAGUCUCUGACCUUUAGGGUCUGCAGAUGAAUGAUGCUGUCACACAGUAAAAAGAUGCCAUUACAGUGUAUGUCAUUGACCCACGUGGCACGCUUUGUCAUGGUGCCAUUACGGUGUAUGUCAUUGACCCACGUGGCACGCUUUGUCAUGGUGCCAUUACGGUGUAUGUCAUUGACCCACGUGGCACGCUUUGUCAUGGUGCCAUUACGGUGUAUGUCAUUGACCCACGUGGCACGCUUUGUCAUGGUGCCAUUACGGUGUAUGCCAUUGACCCACGUGGCACGCUUUGUCAUGGUGCCAUUACGGUGUAUGCCAUUGACCCACGUGGCACGCUUUGUCAUGGUGCCAUUACGGUGUAUGCCAUUGACCCACGUGGCACGCUUUGUCAUGGUGCCAUUACGGUGUAUGCCAUUGACCCACGUGGCACGCUUUGUCAUGGUGCCAUUACGGUGUAUGCCAUUGACCCACGUGGCACGCUUUGUCAUGGUGCCAUUACGGUGUAUGCCAUUGACCCACGUGGCACGCUUUGUCAUGGUGCCAUUACGGUGUAUGCCAUUGACCCACGUGGCACGCUUUGUCAUGGUGCCAUUACGGUGUAUGCCAUUGACCCACGUGGCACGCUUUGUCAUGGUGCCAUUACGGUGUAUGCCAUUGACCCACGUGGCACGCUUUGUCAUGGUGCCAUUACGGUGUAUGCCAUUGACCCACGUGGCACGCUUUGUCAUGGUGCCAUUACGGUGUAUGCCAUUGACCCACGUGGCACGCUUUGUCAUGGUGCCAUUACGGUGUAUGCCAUUGACCCACGUGGCACGCUUUGUCAUGGUGCCAUUACGGUGUAUGCCAUUGACCCACGUGGCACGCUUUGUCAUGGUGCCAUUACGGUGUAUGCCAUUGACCCACUUGGCAUGCUUCACUGUCAUUGCUGCAACAAUGCUUCAGAUUUCAAUCUUUCAUCAUAAACUCCUUUAAAACCCAAAACAGUGGUAUCAGUUGUAUCUGUUAUGAUUGUGUCAAGUGACAUAUACAUGUAUUUUACAACAAUUAUAGUGUUUGUUUUCCUUCAUAUCAAAACUUAUGCUGUUGUCAUCAGUGAACCUAGUACCUUUUAAAGACUGCAAAUAUGGCCCGAGUGCAUUGACUUCAUCCAUGCAUAUGUCAUCAGUGAAGAUCGGUUGGUCUUUGUCAUUACUGUAGCUUAUAAGCCGAGUUGUGAGCUUUUUUCAUCACCAGCUUGUUGACUCGUACAUUGCUUUUGGGAGACCUCUUACACGACAACAUGGUUCUUUCUAUUUGUGAGUCAUGAGUUCUCUGUAAUGCAAACCUACUUGUAAGAAGAAUGGCGUCCCCACUAACCCCCUUUUCGAAAACACCAAUAUAAACCAGAUUGAACCAAUUCUGGAAGAGUUAAAAGUUAUUCCUUGAGCAUGCCUGUCUCGAAUUCUAAAAAAUUUCUGCUAUAAUAACAUUUGUUAUUAGUCAUCAGGGAUCUGAAGUUGUGUAGAUAAUAUAUACAAAAAAACUUAACUUUUCUUUUGCUGUCAUUUGCUGUUCAGGAUUUUGUUUGCACUGGGUUGAAAUGAUCUUAAAGUCUAUGUGGGGUAUUGUUAAGUUGGAGAUUUUUCGGUAAUGGGGUAGCGGGUUUUGAUAAAUCCCGGUAUAGACGGCGCAGCGAGACAUGUACCUUUUCAAGGCCUGAGCGGACAGCGUAAAAACAACACCAAUGGCUGAUGAUGCAAAUGACAUCACACAACGUCACAACUAAUGGAGCCAGUAAAUGAUGUCAAAAUACGAACUGGAUCUUUUGCAAGACGUGAUUGGUUUUCCUGUUGUCGUUCCACCUUGUUUGUUUUUUGCUAGUACUAGUAGCAAAACUCCUGAAAAGUUACAUGAGUGAUUGCACUCAUAGGGGAUUUGAUUAGCCACUACUUCUUGUUUUAAACGGGGGUAAUGUCUACACAGUAUUGCAGGUGUCAUUUGUAGCUCAUUAUUGCAUGAACAUGGUCCAUAUAUUUUUGCAAUAAAUAAUGAUUCUGUAUAAACUUUAAUAAA